AUGAGCGAAUACUGGGUCUCGCACAAGAAGUACUUCUGCAAGUACUGCAACAUUUACAUCGCGGACGAUGCUCCCUCGCGUCGGCAACAUGAGAGCGGUUUGCGGCACAAGGGUAAUGUGGAGCGUUUCGUGAGGGGGCUGUACAAGGAGGGCGAGAAACGCAAGCAGGAUCGCGAGGAGGAGAAGCGGGAUAUGGCACGGGCCGCACAAGCGGCAUUCGCGCGAGACGUGAGCGCCGGCUUGGUGAAACCAGGGAGCAGCGGCGCACCGGUCGCCUCGAGUUCCUCAGCAACUCAAAAGCCCGCACCGAAGCCCAGCAAUCCGUUCGCCGACUACUCUACCGCGGAGUCCCUAGGCUAUACGGAUCCCGAUGCAGAGCGGUUGAAUGCAGAAGCCGAACGCCGGCGCACGCAGGGCGUCGCAGGCGAGUGGGAGGUAAUCUCUGUCUCCGAGCCAACUCCGGGCGAGGCAGAAGCGCAUACCGUUGCCGCAGGAGCAGACGGUGCAGUUGGACAGAAGCGCGAGGCGGAGCUACCGCCGGACGAAGACGACACGCGGCGGUUCAAAUUGCGCCGGAAGACAGUAGGGGUGGGGCUCGGGGAGAUCUACGACCCUGGCCUCAUUCCAAUCAAAGUGAAGAAGAAAGAGGAAACGCCAGAUGCCCUUCCGCCACCAGGCGGUGGCAAAGCUCAAGACAGCGUAGGAUCGACCGCAGGUGCUACGGGCGCGACAGAGAUGCCGAAAUGGUCCGCGAGAGGAUGGAAAAAGCCCGGGGAGCGUAUAGAGAAGCCUACCCCGGUUAAUGAGGAAGUCGAAGCACAGGCAGGUGGUAUGCAUGUUGAUGCCCAAAUCGAGGGGCGCCAGCAGGUCAAAGCAGGGGAAUCCGCCCUGCCACCAAUCUCGGAACUGGCCCCGGGCGAAGGGCCUCCAGCUUCUGCAAAGACUGAGGAUAUCCCAAUCAAGCCGGAGGAGGUCGUUGUCAAGUUAGAAGCGAAGGAGACUGAGACUGCGACCCCAGCUACUGGUUUCUUCCGCAAACGAAAGCUGCCGGCUGGCGGAGCAAGCAGUCGCGGUAGACGAACAUGA